AUGGAAAAAUUGCAGAUAUUGACGGAACGACAGCAAACUGAAUUGAACCAUGCAAUAAUACAGUAUUUACAGCCAUUGUGUCAACAAGACAAUCAUGUUUUACUUGACCAACUCUCCAAAUUACUCAACAUAGACCAAUCAACACAGGAAUCAAACAAUGUUGAAAAAGUGGAUAAUUACUUGGAGAAAAGAUGGUCCACAGUUUUACGACUUCAAAAGAAAAUUAUCGAUCUUGAAAAUGAAAUUAGUAAUUUGAACAACAUUAUCAAUUCCACUAACUCCGAUAAUAAUGGUAUUAUAUUAAGUAAAGACAAAAUUAACUGGAUACCUAAGGGUGCUGUCAAACAAAGUUAUCAAUGUGAAAAUAUUGUUACCACAGUGAAAUUACAUCCAAAUUUACCUUUGGUGCUCAAUGGGUGCAACGAUGGAAAUCUUUAUAUAUGGAAUAUAUCCAAUGAUGACAACACAAUACCAGAGAAAAUGAUUAAAGCACAUACACGGGCAAUCAAUAAGAUAUGUUUCACUUAUAAAAAGCCAUACUAUUUGGCUACCUGCUCCUCUGAUUUAACUAUAAAAAUCUGGGAUGAGAAAUUCAACCAUAUUCGUACGUUGAAUGGGCAUGAACACACAGUUUCAUCAAUACAGUUUUCUCCAGUUGAUAACAGCAUUUUGUAUUCUGUAUCACGAGACAAGAAUAUUCGAGUUUGGGACAUUUUUCAAGGCAUAAGUCUAAAAAGUUUUGUGGGUCAUAGUGAAUGGUGUCGAGAUUUAGAUAUUAUACUGCUGGAUACUUACGGGGAUUUUGUGCUAACCUGUUCAAAUGACCAGCUGGCAAGGUUGUCACAUGCAAAUAGUGGGGCUGGUGUAGCAAUGAUUGUCGGACACAGCCAUGUUGUGGAAACGGUCAAAUUUCUACCUUCUUUGCAAGCCAACAAGAUACUCGAUGAAUACAUAACCAAAAACACUGAACAAUUUCCUACAAUUCCUUUGGAGCUACUAAAAGAUAAGACGUAUAAUCAGUUGGGCUUCAAAUACUGUAUAACUGCCAGUAGAGACAACACGAUCAAGUUAUGGUUAAUCCCACCUCCAACAAUUGCUCCCCAUAGGCCACCACUUCCAUCAAAGUACAACAAUUCCCAAAGUUGGCUAAUUGCAGAACUCAAGGGACAUCUGUCUUGGGUUAAAAGUUUAUGUGUUCAUCCAAAUGGGAAAUUUAUUAUUAGUGGCAGCGACGACAAGACAAUCAAGUUUUGGGAUUUGUCAGGUUUGUUGGAAACUGGGUAUGUCAAUGUUGUUAAAACGAUUAUAGGUCACGAUGGAUUCAUAAACGAUAUUGAUUUUGCCCGAUUGAAGGAAGCAAGUGACGUGAGUGAAGAGGAUUUAUUGAAACAAGUUGAAAAACGAAUGAGAUGUCUAUUUAUUAGCGGAAGUGCCGAUAAUUCAAUCAAACUAUGGAACUAA